AUGGGUUUCUUGCACACAUGGCUUCUAUUCACUCAGGUGAGAGCAGCUGAUCCUCCCUGCAGCAUCCAAGGACUGCCCAAUCCUCCUCAGCUCAGUAAAGAUGGGGAUGUACUUAUUGGUGGGAUCUUUUCCAUCCAUGAGAAAUGGAAACAACUAGCACAAACAUUCACAUCAGGGCCAAAGAAAGGAGAAUGCAUAAGUUUGGACCUCCAAGAAUUUCAAAGUGUACAAACAAUGUUAUUUGCCAUUGAGGAAAUAAACAACAGAACCGAUAUUCUUCCUGGCAUCAAUUUGGGUUAUAAAAUCUAUGAUACAUGUGGAUCAAUUGACAUGACCACAAGAGCUGCCUUGUCUUUAGUUAAUGGCAAUGGAGAAAACACAACUUCAGCUGUAUGCUCCAAACCCGACAGAGUUCAAGCAAUAAUAGGUCAUUCAUCAUCUACUCCGACUAUUGCCAUCUCUACUACAGUGGGCCCUUUACACAUACCUGUGAUAAGUCACAUUGCAACUUGUGCAUGCUUAAGUGAGAGAAAAAAACACCCAUCUUUCUUCAGAACCGUUCCCAGUGAUUACUACCAGAGCAGAGCUUUAGCAAAACUGGUUAAACAUUUUGGAUGGACCUGGGUGGGGGCCCUAUGCAGUAAUAAUGACUAUGGGAAAAAUGGCAUAAAUGAAUUUAUCAGUGCUGCCAAACAAGAGGGAAUCUGUGUUGAGUAUUCCAAAGCAUUUUUUAAGACAGACUCUAGAGAAAAAAUACUCAACAUAGUUGAAAUUAUCAAGGCUUCAACCUCCAAAGUGAUUGUAACUUUUGUCGCAAACUCUGACUUUGGUUUUCUUCUGAGAGAAAUGGUCUUGCAGAACAUGACUGGGUUUCAGUGGGUUGGAAGUGAAUCCUGGAUGUCCGAUUUGAACACUGCCAAUGCUGAAUGGCAACAUAUUCUGGAAGGGUCUGUAGGCUUUGCUAUCCCAAAUGCUAAAAUCAAUGGCCUAGGGUCAUUUCUGACUAAGCUUAAUCCAGCCUCUGAUGUAACUCUUUACCAAGAGGUACUAGAGACCAUAUUUCAGUGUAAAUUUCCCACACAAGAAAAUGUUGAAAUAAAACAAUUGUGCAAAAUCAAUGAAAGCCUCACCCAAUUUCAAAACAUUAAUACAGAUGUUUCAGACUUACGAAUUGCAAAUAAUGUUUACAAGGCUGUGUAUGCUGUGGCUUAUGCCCUACAUAAUAGUUAUGGCUGUUCAGAGAAAGACAAUGGACAAGAAGGUGCUACUGUUUGUACAACCCUAGCAGAUUACCAGGAACCUUGGAAGAUAGUGAAUGAGUUGAAGAAAAUCCAUUUCACCACUACAGAAGGAGAGGAUGUAUUCUUUGAUGAGAAUGGAGACCCAGCAGCACGGUAUGAUGUGCUGAACUGGCAGCAAGGUAAAGAUGGAAAAACAGUUAUUGUUAAAGUGGGCUUCUAUGAUGCCUCUCUGCAAACACACCUUCAGCUGUCAUUUAAUGACAACAGUAUAUCCUGGGCCCACAAUAAACCACAGGUGCCAGUCUCUGUGUGUAGUCCGAGUUGUCCCCCAGGCACCAGGAAGGCUAUACAGAAAGGAAGGCCAAUCUGCUGCUUUGACUGUAUAUCAUGUGCAGACGGAGAAAUCAGUAAUGUAACAGAUUCUAUAUCUUGCAUCAAGUGCCCUCCAGAACUCUGGUCUAAUGACAAGAAAGACACCUGUGUCUUAAAGCUUGUGGAAUUCCUCUCCUUUGAAGAAAUAAUGGGAAUUAUUCUUGUAUCAUUUUCUUUAUUAGGAGCUUUUUUCACUACCUGCAUUGCUGUAACUUUUUUUAAACACAAGGACACACCAAUUGUUAGAGCAAAUAAUUCUGAACUGAGCUUCUUGCUGCUCUUCUCUCUGACUCUGUGUUUCCUCUGUUCACUUACUUUUAUUGGUCAGCCCUCUGAGUGGUCCUGUAUGCUGCGCCACACAGUGUUUGGGAUCACCUUCGUCCUCUGUAUCUCUUGUGUUCUGGGAAAAACAGUAGUGGUGUUAAUGGCCUUCAGGGCUACACUUCCAGGCAGUAAUGUCAUGAAAUGGUUUGGGCCUACACAGCAGAGGCUCAGUGUACUUGCAUUCACUCUUGUACAGGUCAUUAUUUGUACAGUGUGGUUAACAAUAUCGCCACCUUUUCCGUACAAAAAUAUGAACUACUAUAAGGAAAAGAUUAUAUUAGAAUGUCAUGUAGGCUCAGUUAUUGGUUUCUGGGCAGUGCUGGGUUAUAUAGGAUUCCUUGCUCUUUUGUGUUUUAUCUUGGCUUUUCUGGCCCGGAAGUUGCCUGACAAUUUCAAUGAAGCCAAAUUCAUCACAUUCAGCAUGCUCAUAUUCUGUGUAGUUUGGAUCACAUUUAUUCCUGCUUAUGUCAGCUCUCCUGGAAAAUUCACUGUAGCUGUAGAGAUAUUUGCCAUUUUAGCAUCAAGCUUUGGUUUGCUAAUUUGUAUAUUUGUCCCAAAGUGUUACAUAAUCAUACUAAAACCAGAUAAGAAUACAAAGAAGCAAAUGAUGGCUAAAACACCUGUGAAAUGA